GUGUCCCAUGGGGACCCUGGGCCUUCUUCCCCAGCUCCUCUGUCUGCUCUGCCUAUUGCCUCUGUUCCACGUAGCCAGACCGGGCCAGGCGCCCAAGGACCAGGCCCUGUGGGCACUUCUGGAGCAGUACUGCCACAUGACUGUAGCACUCAUCCACCUCUCAGGUCCCUACACGGUGUGCAACACAACCCUGGACCAAAUCGGGACGUGCUGGCCGCAGAGCGCCGUCGGAACCCUGGUGGAGAGACCUUGCCCCGAGUACUUCAAUGGCAUCAAGUACAACACGAGCCGGAAUGCCUACCGAGAAUGCUUGGAGAAUGGCACAUGGGCCUCAAGGAUCAACUACUCACAGUGUGAGCCCAUUUUGGAUGACAAGAGCAAGUAUGACCUGCAUUAUCGCAUCGCCCUCGUUGUCAACUACCUGGGUCAUUGUGUUUCUGUGGCAGCCCUGGUGGCUGCCUUCCUGCUUUUCCUGGCCCUACGGAGCAUCCGUUGCCUACGCAAUGUCAUCCACUGGAACCUCAUCGCCACCUUCAUCCUGAGGAACAUCAUGUGGUUCCUGCUGCAGCUCAUUGACCACGAAGUGCACGAGAGCAACGAGGUCUGGUGCCGCUGCAUCACCACCAUCUUCAACUACUUUGUGCUCACCAACUUCUUCUGGAUGUUUGUGGAGGGCUGUUACCUGCACACAGCCAUCGUCAUGACCUACUCCACUGAGCGCCUGCGCAAGCGCCUCUUCCUCCUCAUCGGAUGGUGUGUCCCCUGUCCCAUCAUCAUCACCUGGGCAGUUGGCAAACUCUUCUAUGAGAAUGAACAGUGCUGGUUUGGCAAGGAGCCUGGUGACCUGGUGGACUACAUCUACCAGGGACCCAUCAUCCUCGUGCUCCUGAUCAAUUUUAUAUUUCUGUUCAACAUCGUCAGGAUCCUGAUGACGAAAUUAAGAGCAUCCACCACAUCUGAGACAAUCCAGUACAGGAAGGCGGUGAAGGCCGCCCUGGUUCUCUUGCCCCUGCUGGGCAUCACAUACAUGCUCUUCUUCGUCAGUCCUGGAGAGGACGACUUGUCACAGAUCGUGUUCAUCUAUUUCAACUCCUUCCUGCAGUCCUUCCAGGGUUUCUUUGUGUCUGUCUUCUACUGCUUCUUCAAUGGAGAGGUACGGUCAGCCCUGCGGAAGCGGUGGCACCGCUGGCAAGACCACCACUCCCUCCGAGUGCCUGUAGCCCGAGCCAUGUCCAUCCCCACAUCGCCCACCAGGAGUAGCUUCCACAGCAUCAAGCAGACAGCGGCUAUGUGACCCUGUCACCCACCCGCUGACCACUCCCUCACCAUCGCGGCAGUCCCCCAUCCUCCUCCUUAGUCUUCCCCUGGCCUCCCUUGCUCACAGGCCCUGGCAGUACAGGAGAGGGGGGAAGAGACCAGCCCUCCGAUUAGACUGGGAAGUGGGUGCGGUCAUAGAAGGGGGCUCCAAGGGAUCAGGACUUGCUCUGGCUGCAAGCCUCCAAGCAAGAAGGAGCAGCAGUCAUUGCGGAAGCCCCAAGAAGAGCGGGUGUGAAAUGUUCACGCAUUUUCCCAUCCAGCCUCUCUUGUGGGAUCCUCACUGUGGCUCAGGGUAGGAACGGGCCUGCCCAGGCUCCACAGCCCUGUGAGGGUGGCCGUGCUUCCUGCCAUCAUCCACCUCCACACCCAGAGAGGCCCUCUCCAAGUGGAGGAGCCAAGGGUAAAUUCAGCUGGCUUCAGCCCAGGGGCUGGCAGAGAUGCUCUCCUCCUGGUGUCCAGCCCUGGCCAGGCUGUCCCUCAACUCCCUCACAGUUCUGUUGCCCCUAGUGCUCCAGGAAGGAAGCUGGUUUCCCCUCCUGGGAGACCUCUUUGCAGCCUGACGCUCAGAGGGGGAUGGGGCUGCAGUGGACAGGGAUGUGGCCAGCCAGUCACACUUGCAGUCCCAUCAGAUACCCAGAGGAGGAGCAGGGAGUAGGGUGGGGGUUGCCCAAACCAAAGUAGGACUGGUGAUUAGUCCCCAGCCUCCUCAGACUGGGCCUCAGCCUCCCUUUCAGAACCGACACCCGUCUGUGAAAUCAGCAAGGCAUCUGUGGAAAUGACUGACCUCAGGUCAAGCCUGUGGACCAAGGAUGGGGGCAAGAUGACGACGACACAGCUAUGUCCUUCCGUACAGAGACAUCAGCCCUGGUGAGGGCAGGCCUUGCUCUCUGACUGUUGUACUUUGGAGUCUUUGGGGUUAAGAUGAUUGCAGUUCCACCCCAGCCCCAGCCCCAACCCAU